UCGGUAUAUCCCAAAAAGCGAGAAAAGCCGACAAAACCCGUUCUUUCACAGACACUUUUGCCGUAUCCCUCAUCCUGCGUCGUGAUUGAGUUUUUCAGGGCAAAGAAGACGGAUCGGAUUUACAGUACCAACUAGAAAGUCCAGUUCGACCAACCGAGAUGUCACAGGAGCAUGACAAUAAGCGUGCGGUCCUGGUACUGCAGAAUGAGCCGGGCUAUGGUCAGCGCCGGAACUUCACCACAGAGGACGAAGCCUGGAAGUCCUUUCUGGAGAACCCGCUGACCGCCGCCACGAAGGCCAUGAUGAGCAUCAAUGGAGAUGAGGACAGCGCCGCUGCUCUGGGCCUGCUCUAUGACUACUAUAAGGUGCCCCGGGAGAAGAGAACAAUAUCCCAGACCAAGACCGAUGUGAUGGGCUCUGAUGUGGAUCCUAACAAAAGACACACGAUGCUUCCUCUCCAGGAGUCCUCCAUGGCCUCAGACAGCAGGAUCCAGGUCUUGAAGGGCCCCUUCAACAUCCUCCUCCCCAACCAGCUGGCCCAGGACAAGAGGUUAUCCUUUGCCCCUCCCGACACCACAGUGACCGUCUCCAUAGCAGCCAUGCAAAACUACCAGGUGAAGACCGAGGUGCCCUCCCACGGCUUCUCCGUGACAGUGCCCAACCACUGUGGAGGUGAGCAGGACGGCCAUGCUUCCAUGUUCGAGCGGCAGCUCGCCCAGAGCGGAUCUCACCCCCACAGCCACAGCCAGUUCAGCCCCAACACCCAGCCACACACGCCCGACUCCACCUUCACCGAGGGCUUCAAGGACGGUUCCCAGGAGGUGUUCCCGUUCCCAGGGGAUCUCCAGUUACGCAUGGCCUCCAUCACGCCCGAGGAAUACAGUGCGUUUGACACCGUGCAGGGGGAUAACUUUGAGUACACUCUGGAGGCGUCCAAGUCUCUGCGUCAGAAGACGGAUGACGGAACCAUGACCUACCUCAACAAGGGACAGUUCUACCCCAUCACACUCAGAGAGAUUCAAAACAGCAAAGGCCUGCACAACCCCAUCACUAAAGUCAGGAGUGUGGUGAUGGUUGUGUUUGGGGAGGAGAAGUGCAGAGACGACCAGCUCAAACACUGGAAGUACUGGCACUCCCGACAGCACACGGCCAAACAGAGGUGUCUGGACAUUGCAGACUACAAGGAGAGCUUCAACACCAUCAGCAACAUUGAGGAGAUCUCCUACAAUGCCAUCUCCUUCACUUGGGACAUGAACGAGGAGGCCAAGAUCUUCAUCUCAGUGAACUGCCUGAGCACAGACUUCUCGUCCCAGAAGGGUGUGAAGGGUUUGCCUCUGAAUCUGCAGAUUGACACCUACAGCUACAACACCCGCAGUAACAAGCCCAUCCACCGGGCCUACUGCCAGAUCAAGGUGUUCUGUGACAAGGGAGCCGAGAGGAAGAUCAGGGACGAGGAGCGCAAGCAGUCCCGCCGGAAGGGCAAGGCCACGGACCUCAACGCCACCCUGGGCAACUUUGUGGACGUCAAAGUGCCCCUCCUACAGAAGCGUAAUGAUGUCACAGUCUUCAAGAUGAUGACGGACUUUGAGACCCAGCCAGUUCUGUUCAUCCCGGACAUGCACUUCUCCAACUUCCAGCGCCAUCCUUUCUCUUCAGAAGAUGGUGAGGACAGCUCUGGAAUGAAGAGGCCAUACACAGAGGAGGAGUUUGGGUCCGCUCCUAACAAGCUGGCCAGACUAGAUGAGCCAAAGAAAGUCCUGUUGUACGUGCGUAAGGAGACGGAGGAAGUGUUUGACGCUGUCAUGUUGAAGAACCCAACCCUGAAAGGCUUGGUGGAAGCUAUUUCAGAAAAAUAUGAAUUGCCAUUGGAUAAAGUGGGGAAGGUCUACAAGAAAUGCAAGAAAGGGAUUCUGGUCAACAUGGAUGACAACAUUAUCAGGCACUACUCCAAUGAAGACACCUUUCAGAUCUCCAUGGAGGAACUGGGGGGAACGUUCAAGCUCACCCUCACAGAGAUCUAAUUGGCCCAGAGGUGAAGACAUGUGACUCUCCUUAGUCCAAUUAGAUGAAGGUAUUGGAGAGGUGGGCAUCCAAUCAGUGAAGACUUGUGGUUUACAUACCUAGCUACUAUGCCAUAAGCCCACACAACAAAAAUAGACAGGACUUUGUCAAGACAGUUUAUAAUCAUUAAUACAAUGUGAUAGCGAAUGCUAUUCAAUAACAUCACUCACACCAAGAACAUUUGCUGUGGAUACAGUAUGUACAGGAUUGACAUUGAUUCAAUUUUUGUUGUUGGUACUUUUGUAAAGAUUUUGUGAUAGUUUUGUUUUAUAUACGUAACGCAUGUUAGUUCUUUUGUUCUGUACAGAAUGUUGUGUGGCUAUACCUCAUGCUAUGCAAACACUUUCUCAUUGUCUUUGUAUUGUAAGCCAUAGCACUGACAAUGUCAUUCUUAUAAUUAAUGGGAUACUUAGCACACAAAUCGACACGCUACACACAGGUAUUGUAUUGAACCUUAAGCAGCCUGUGUGAACUCCCUAAGUUAAGUGUAAUGGUUUUACUAUAAACAUGAGUGUUUAGUGUGUAAACUGACUGGCAAUCUGGCUGUUGGGACCAUGUACUACAUGUUCCAUGUUUUUGUUGUGUUAAAACCAAGAUUAUUCUAUAGGUGGAUUUGGGAUUGAUGUGGGAGCAGUCAUUUUGCUAAGAACCAUUUAGAACAUGGCCUUGAUGUAAGUAUUAAGAGAAAGUUUGUAUCUACCACUAACUCACAUACAGAUAAUGUUCUAGAGAUCUACUCCUCUUGGUCUGCGAUUUAAGUGCAAUAUGAUAUUUAAGCUCAGACAACUAGAUCGACAGUUUUCUUUUUCAUGUUUGAGCCUUUUAAAUACAUAUCAAAUGUUGUUUUUUCACAGGUUUCUUUUUGUAUUAAAGUACUUAAUGUGUUUAUAUUUAUUAAGCCAUGGGGGUGGGUUCUUUUUUUAUUCUUUUUUUACAGUAUAUAAAGAUAUAUAUUACUAUUAUUCUUAAUAUAAUCUUUUUAUAUGACAUUUUCCAACAAUUCAAGCAUAGUAUUUACAGCAAGUGCUGAGAGAGAAAUGUUACUUGUAUGCGUGCGUUACUGAACACGUGUUUUUAGCAGAGAAGAUUAAAGAGGUGUCUCCUGUAUGUAAUCUAAAGUGUCCAAUAAAAGCUGCAAUAGCUUG